GAAGGCAUUAACGGCCCCUGGGACCACACAAGUCCUGAUGUAAUUUCGAAGCGGGAAUAUCGAGCAUCCCGCCUAUAGAACGAUUCGACGUCCCUUCCUCCUCCUCCGCAAAGCCGGCUUAAUAAUCACCUUGACAUCCACACGUCGGUGGGCAUAACAUGCCGAAUAUAAAAACCAGGAGAGACUCGAGGUAGACUAUUAGUCUCGCCGGAUCGCAGAACCCGUCCGGUCACUUCAGACUCUCGUGUAUUGCUUCGGGUCAAUUUCGUCACCGGGAUUCGUACUCUUAUUUACCCAGUUUCGAUGGUUUCCGGCCGAAUUUUGCUACCCUAUUUUUGAAUUAGAAAAUUUUCUACGAAUAAAUUCGUUCGUUCGAACGAGGAGAAGAAUAAAAAGACAAUUAUAACAAACUUAGAAUUUUCACCAUGGACGCGGCAAUUUGGAACGUCAUUUUGCUGGUAGCAGUAUUCUGCAUUUUCGGAACACAAGCUGGGGGAUGUUCCGGUUUCAAAAUGCUUCGUAAAGGAGAACUCAGCUGUACGGAGAAAAAAAUCAUCGUCGACGAACACAACAGAUUGCGAUCUGCUAUCGCCAUGGGGACAGUCAGCGGACAGCCUGCAGCCUCUAACAUGAUGGAAAUGGUAUGGGACGACGAGCUGGCUUAUCUCGCCCAGAGAUGGGCUAAUCUUUGCAACGAAUAUCACGACUCUGACAGGACUGUCGGCCGGUUCACAAUCGGUCAAAAUCUUGCCCUUUCCUGGACGACCAGGAAUCCGAGUUCGUCGUUCGACGCUGAUCCAGAUUUUGUGCACCAAAUCAACAACUGGUUCAACGAGGUACGAAGAUACAACCCCAACAGCAUAAACAGCGGUACCGGCCAUUUCACUCAGGUUAUCUGGGGUAACACCUACGCCGUUGGGUGCGGGUACUCUUACUACUGGGACCCUCGCCGUGGAUACACAAAAAAUUACGUCUGCAACUACGGACCCAGUGGUAAUGUCCUUGGAUACCAGCCUUACCGUACUGGUAAGCCAUCGUGCGCAAACUACGGAAUGAACUGGUCGAGACUGUAUUCUGGACUAUGCUCAAAGGGAUUUUAUCAUCCUCUUGGAGCUCAUUGCACGACUUACGGUUAAUUGCGGUUGAUGAGAAAGAGCGGGGAG